ACCGGAAGUUGCUAUGCUUGCAUGACUAAAUAAACGAUGGAGAAGAUGAAGAGUGUGAACAACAGCAAUAAGGGACUGUGGGACUGUCCACGAUUUAAGUACAGCAAGGACACUCAGGAAUUAAUACAAGUCAUGAUGCAAGAAUCACGGCUCACCAACUUUCAGCAGCGACAGAUCAACAAGGAGCUAAAGAAAGGUGGCGCCUUACCACUGAUCUGUAAUCCUACAUCAUCUACGGCAUCUGCAAAACCAGGGCUAAGAAUCAGCACAGGUCCAGUUCUCUCAUCCAGACCACAGAGACGCACCGCAGAGAAAUGCCGUGCCGGGGACAGCUACACACGUGAGAGUUUUCGGCCCAGUGCUACACGUGACCUGGAAAAAGAGAAGCGCAGGCUACAGAACAUCUUCGCGACAGGCCAGGAAGAAACGCAGCCUUCACCGUCCCACACAAGACCUGCUAACAGAGUAGAGGACAGUGAGAUAGACAGGUUCCAGGAGGUUCUUGAUGAGAUUGAAGAGAGAAGGCACUUUCUGGAGGAGAUGAAUGCUCUUGGAAGAGGAAGCCAGUAUCAUCAUAUCAUUAACACGGAAAUAUCUCAGAAAAUCCGUGAGCUUGAGGUGAUUGACAGGACCCGCAGCGAGGCGAUGAGGAUGAAAGAGGAAAAACAAGUUGAAGAGAAGCUGUGAAGAAACACAUACUCAGUUCAGUACUGCCUAGUUAAGACGAUACAUGAUUUCAUGACAUGUAUUUUGUUUAUUGUAUUGCUUUGAAUGAUGAACCAUAUGUUUCACUUCACUAGGGUAAAAGACAUACAUUAAGUUUUAUACCUGUGUUGCUGUUCCUUUAGUUCACAAUAAUCCUUUUUACCUCCUGAAAUAAUAUAUGCAUGUUUUUAAACACAUUUUUAUGCAACGAAAGCCCUUUUUUUUUUUUUUUUUAACUUAGAGGCACAAAGACUCAAACAUACAGAGUUAAAACAAACAUACGGAAACGGCGACAUCUAUAUCGAGA